AUGAAAAACCAAUAUUUAUCAAAUAAAAAAAUAUACGAAUUAAUUAAUAGUAAAAAAUAUGAAGGAUAUGAGAAUAGUAUUAAGGAAGCAUUUGAAUUUAGAUACGCUAAUUUGUUGAAUUAUUUAAAUAAAGACAAUAAUUAUUAUAAUAUAAUAUCAAUAAAACUUCAACAUUUUAUUAAUGAAAAUUUAAAUUUUGGAAAUUUAAAAUCUUAUUUUUUUGGGUUUUCUAAGGAGUUGUUGGUACAUAGCUUAAAAGUUUAUUUUUAUAAUGAAAUAGCAAAUAAUGAUAGCUUUAUUUUAGAAUUAAAUUCAAUAAAAUGUGACGAUAAAAGUGUUUUAAAUGACAAUCAAAAUGUGUUUGAUCCCGGAUUUAUAGACAAAAUGAAUAAUGAAUAUGAUAAUAAAAUGGAUAAAGAACUUUUCAAAAUAUUAGAAGAAAAUAUUAAAUUUAUAGAUAUGGAAAAAUUACAUUUAAUUUAUUUCAACGAGUAUUUUUAUAUAUUUAAAAAUAUAUUACAUAUACUAAAAAGUUGUUAUAUUUUUUAUGCAUAUACAAAAUACAAAAUAGAUGAUUUAGAAUAUGAAGAUAAUUUAAUUUAUCAACUUUUUAAUAUUAUUGAAAAAAAAAUAAAAAUUCAAAAUUUUAUACAAAUAUAUUUUGACACAUAUAAUGAUACUAAUAAUUAUUUCGAGUUAAUGAAAACAACACAUACAGAAAAUUAUCCAUGGUUAUAUAAAUAUAUAUUAUUAUUUUUAAAUAUUCAAAUAUAUUGCAUAAAUAUAUUUUUUUUUUUACAAUUAAGAUUAAAUAUAUUAACAAAAAACAAUUUUAAAACCCUUUUAAACAUUUUCAUAACACCAAGUACUAACAUAUCUAAAAAAAAUAAUUUUAAUGAUAUAAUUAUAUACACAUUAAAACAAAAGGAAUAUUCUAUAUUUUUUUUACUAAUUUCUGUAAAUAAUAUAAUAAAAUUAGACGAUAUAAAUAAAUAUAUUAAAUCUCCAUUUUCAAAUAAUUUAUUUAAAUUUUUUUUAAUUUAUCAAAAAAAUAAAAAUUCACCAAAUAUUUAUGAACAAAAUAUACAAACACUUUCUAAUUUUUUACCUCAUUUUCAUGAUAUACUUACAAAUUUUAUAUUCAUUAAAGAUAAUUUUGUAUAUAAAAAAAUAUUAGGCGAUUUACUGGAUGGAAUUCUUGUUAUUGACGAUAAUAUAAGUGUUGAAAAUGAUGGAAUAUUAGGCGAUCAAUAUAUAAACAAUAAUAAUAAUAACAUUUUUAUGAUAAAAAAUGGUGUAAAAAUAAAUAAUAAAAAUUAUGAGUUAAAUAAUAGGGAUAAUGAUAAUACAAAUGAAUACUUAUUCGAUAGGGAUAUAAAUAAAUAUUUAGUAAAAAAUAUGAAAAAACAUAUUAAAAAAAAAGAAUUUUUUAAAAAUAAUAUUGAUAUUAAUUUAUUUUUAAAAAUUUGUAUAUAUCUUUUUAAUGGGGAAGAUUUUAUUUUAUUUGUAAAUGACAUUAAAAAAUGUUAUAAAAAUAUAAAAACAUGUUUAGAUUAUAUUAAAGACGAUAAUAUUUAUCAAAACGCAUUUUCUUUGAAAUAUUUUUUUAAUUUAUACAAUUACAAAAAUACAGAAAUAGUUACAAAUAAUAUAGAAAUAACCAAACACGUUUCACCUUAUAUAUAUAUUGAAAGUAAAAAUAUAUUAUUAGAAACGUCAACUCUUUUUUUUGCAUAUGAUUAUUUGAAAGCUUAUGCAGAUACUAGUACAAAUGUAUCAAACAUAAACAGUCAAUUAAACGGAGAGGAAAAUGAAAAUGAAAAAGGUAUGUUUCAUCCUAUUAUAUUAUAUAAUGUAAAUAAAUUAUUAUUAGAAUUUUUUGCAAAUAAAAUUUGUAAUUUUCCUAUUCACACAUUAAUAAUGUUUAAUCAUAACCUAUUGUCUAUAUAUAGGAUUUUAAAUGUGUUAAUUGGAACAAAUGCAAAUUUAAUAAAUUUUGAAGAAGUUGAAAAUAAUUUAGAAUCGUUAUCUAAGCUAAGUAACAAUACAGACAGUAUAAUUACAAUAUUAGAGGAUACAUUAUAUUUUAAAAUAACAAAUAUUUUAAAAACGAAAAAUUUAGAUAUAAAAAAUAUAUAUAUUACAUAUAUAGAAUAUUAUUACAUUUUGAUAGAUUUUUAUAGUAAAUAUUUAUAUAAUAAUUAUGAUCGAGGCAAUAAAAUUUUUUUUGGAAAUAAUAAUUUUAAUUUUUGUUUUUUUAAAAAUAUGAUUAUAUUUUUUUGUAAAAUGCUAAAAAUUAAUAAAUGUUUUCCAUUAUUAAUUGAAAUCAAGUUAUUUAGUUAUUUUAAAUUACCUUAUGGGAUUCAAAAUAGUUUUGUCAGUAUAUUUACAUAUUUAUUAUUUUUAUCUUUAAAAUAUAAAGAGCUUCAAUGUUUUACCUAUGAAAUAGUUAAAACAUUGUUAUUUCUUGUCAAAAAAAUUAAUAUAAAUAAGUUGAAUACAUAUUUAUUUCAGAUAUUUUCAUAUUCUGAACAUAAAGAGAUGGAAAGAAGGGAAAUGGCAAAAAAUAUGAAUACCGAUGUAGAUAAUAAUAUAUUUAAUUCAAAUGUUUUUUUAAAUAAUAAUUCUGAACAUGGUCAGAAUAAUAACGAUACUUUUGGAAAUUUUCAAAACAAUAAUAUGAAUUGUGUUAACUUUUCAAACUUUAAAAUCGAAAAAGAAUCAAUGGAUAUAAAAGAAAAUUUUAGAAUUGACAUAUCAUUUUUGAAAAUAUAUUUUUUAAUUAAUGACGUUAAAACUGUUCGCUUACAUAAAAACUUAAGUAACAAUGAAUCAGAGCAAAAUAAAAAUAUUUCAAAAUAUAGUCAUAAAAAAAGUUAUAACGAAGAAUAUGAUGAAGCUUUAAAUAAAAUGGAAAAAAAAAAAAUGAAAAUAACUCAACAAAAUAAAUAUGAAUAUAAUAAUUUUUAUAAUUCUAAUUUAAAUUCAUAUGAAAAAACUGUAAAUUCAAAUCAUGAAAUUGAAGAAAUAAGUUUCGAAAAUGUUUUUAUUAUUACUUUAAUACAUUUAUGUGAAAUUGAUAAUAAUAAAAUAAAUUUUGUUACAGAUUUGUUAAGAUUAUAUGAUGAAGAAAAAAAGAAAAAUAUAUUUCCAUGUACAGAAGGAAUACUAAAAUUAUUUAAAAAAGUGAUAAAUAAAAAAACAGGUAUAUCUUUUUAUUCAAAUAUUUAUAAAUGUUUUCAAAGAAAAAUCGAACAAAUAUUAGAUAGUAUUAAUACAUUAGUUAAAAAAUGGACAAAAUGGACUUUUGAAAAUUGUGAUAAUACAUUUAAAAGGGAAAAAAAUAUUGAUAUAAAUAAAUUAGUAAAUUUAUUUUUUAUAUCAUUUUACAAAUAUUUAAAAAAUUAUUUUUUAAUUAUAAAUGAUUUUUUAAAUAAUAUUAAAAUAUAUAAUAGCAACAGCACUUUUGAUGAAUUUUUCUUUUUUAUUUUUUCAAAAUAUAUAAACAAAGUAUUUAUAGAUAAUUUUUCAUCCUCUUUUAUAUUUAAAAUUUCAAAAUUCACGAUUUUAAACACGGCUUUAUAUAUAAUUAAUUAUAUGCUCAAAAUAUCAGAAAAUGUAAACACACACACAAUUAAAGAAUUUUACACACAUUAUAAUAAUCAAAACAAAUUAUAUUUACAAAAUGUAAAAGUAGAAAAAAGUCACAUAAGAAAUAACAACUCAUCAUUUUUAUCUUAUCCAUAUAAUGAAAACGAUCAAGAUGGUAAUAUUCACACAGAACAUACUCCUUAUGAUCUGCAAUUAAGCAAAAAAAAUACAAUAACUUUUAACAAUUUUGUUAAUAAUAUAAUUAUAAAUCAUACAAAUUUACUUAGCAAACCAGAAUUAUAUUUGCACAAAAAAAUAAAUAUUUUCCAACUUCAUAUGGCAAAUGAAAAUGAAUAUUUCACUAAUAUUACUACAAUGAGCCAUGUCACUGAUUUUUUAUGUAUAGAAAAGGAAUCAGUAAAUAAUAAAUUAGAUUUUUCACAUUAUAGAAAUAAUAUUGAAAACUUUGAAAAAAGAUAUUCAAAUAAUUUUAAUUUGGAAUAUGAUAACCAAGUGAGUAGUGUUGAGAAUUUAUUUCAAAAACCAACUAUAAAUUUUAAUCUGAACAAUAAUGAUUUUUUGGAAAAUGAAAAUACUUCCAACAAAAAUAAAAAUUACGAUAAAACUCGUUUUGAUACCAAUGAAUUUUUUGAAAACAACUCUGUAAAUAUGAUACAUAAAAAUACAAUAAAUUACAAUUUAAUGUUUCAAAAUUUUUUUUGUCAUAUAAUAAAUAUAUUGGAAAUUAUUUUUCAAAAUAAUUAUGUUUUUUUUUUGAGUGAUUUUUUGCUUGUACAUUAUGAACAGUCAGAAAAAAAUAAGAAAAUAUUCAAAUAUCAUCUGAGCAAUUCAGAUAAUUAUUAUUCCAAUAUGAAUUUUUUUAUAAACAAUUACAACAUUAAUUAUUAUAAAAAUAAGGACAUAGAUUUGGAAAAUUCAAAGUAUAAAACCUAUCAAAAAUUAAAUGAGCAAAUAAUUAAUCGAGUAUUGUUAAUGUAUUCGCUUAUAUUGGAAGUAUGUUGUCGUUUUAAAUUUAUUAAAAAAAUUAAUAACAUAUCGACAAAUAUAGCUAACCAAAUAUUUGCACUCUUUGAUACUUCACACCCAAUACAUAAUUUAUUUUCCAAAGUUUGUCUAAAUUCGCUUCCAAAGGUAAGUCCCUUUUAUUUCUCAAAGUUUUUCAUUUUUUUUCAUUUUUUUUUCAUUUUUUUUUCAUUUUUUUUCAUUUUUUUUCAUUUUUUUUUCAUUUUUUUUCAAUUUAUAAUUUUACAGAAUGACAUAGUUAGCAAAUCUUUGAACAAUGACAUUUUGAGCAUCGAAAAAAAACAUUCAAAUGAGAAACGAGAAAUUCUAAGCAUAUCAUUGUUUUAUUUUUUUAUGCAUAAUUACAAAAAUAUAUAUACAUUAUAUGAUAACUUGAAUAAAUAUUUUUGCUCGAACAAUUUUAGUAGUAUAUAUUUUAUGUGUAAAUAUAGAAAAGGAUAUUUUCCCUUAUUAUCAAUUAUAACCAUGUUCACAGGGAAAAUAAAAUUUUACUAUAAUAAAAUAAAUCAAGUUCAAUGUAAAAAUAUGAAAAUUGAAUAUACAAAAAGAAUCUUAAAAAUAUUAAAAUUUUUAUAUUUUUUUAUAAGAAAUAACGAUUUAAUUGAUGUAUCGAUUUAUGAAGAAUUAUUUGAUUUGUUAUUUUUUAUAAUAACAAAAUAUUUUGAAAUGGGAAAUAAUAAAGAAGACAUUUACAAAAGCUAUGAUAUAAAAUCGUGCGAAUUUAACAAACUAAAAAUUUUUAAUUUAUCUCUGCACUUUAUGAAUGGUGUAUAUUUGAAUUUAUUUAAUGAAAAAUAUAAGGAUGAAAAUUCACAAAAAAAUAGUAAUAUAUCAGAAAAGAAAGAAAGUUUGUGGAAAUAUAUAGAAUUACAUUUUAAUAAUUUUAUAAAUAAGUUAAAAAUAAAUAAUUAUAUAUUUAUUAAAUCAUAUGAACAUAUGCCAAUAUAUGAUAAACAUGUGAAAAAAGAAUUGUAUAACUAUAUGUACAAUAUUAAUGUAAUUAGUGAAAUAUUCGAUUUAGUUAUUAAAGGGUUAUAUACAGAAGAAAUUAAUAUUUACAAAUUUAUAAUUCAAAUAUGUUAUAACAGAAAUAUGUGUAAUAUAUUUUUUAAUAUUAAUUAUGUAAACUUAAAUAAUUUACUAAGCUCUUAUUGCAAAUUAUACAAUAAAAAAAUAGAUACUGCAAAUAAUGUAAAGGAUAUUUUAAGUAAUAAUAAAAAUAUUUUAAUUGAAAAGCAUGGAUCUAUAAGUGAUGAUAUAUUAAUUGAAAAUAUAUUUCAAAUUUUUAGUGAAAAAAAUUAUUAUUAUAAAUAUAUACUUAAUUUAUAUGAGAAUAAAGCUGGAAAUGACCAGAAUGAAGAAAAUUGUAUUUUUGAAAGAAAAAACAAUUCAUUAUCAAUUAAAAAUGUGUUACAAAAUAAAAUGGAAUUAUUAGAAGAUGAUUACAUAAGUAAAAGACUUUUUGAAAAAAAAUCGAAAAAAAAAUAUGGUGAAAAAAAUUUCGUUUUUGAUAUUAAAAAUUAUUGUUAUUGCCUGAACGUUCAGAAAAAUAAUUUACAAAAUAAUACUAGUGUUUUUAAUUUGCACAAAGAAAAUAAAAAUUUAAUAAAUGGAAAUAUACAUUGUAAUAAUGAAACAAAUCCUGAUAUUAAAUUAAAAAAUAAAAUAUAUAAAAGUAUAUUGAAAAACAUGGAUGCAAUAUUUGAUAAUAAAAACACAAAUAACGAAAAAAAAAAAAUCAAAAAUACUAGUUUAAAAUUUGAUGAAAACAACAAUGAAGAUAAUAAAAUGAACAACUGGAAUGAUAAAAUAGACAGGAUACAAAAUAUUAAAAAUAAUAAAUUUGAAAAAAUUGACCGAAAAAAAAAAGAUAAAAAAAAAACAAUAUAUUAUGAAUAUAGUGAUAAUAUUUCUAAAUCCUUUAUGUUUUCAAAAUAUUUUAAAAAUGAAAUAAAAUGCAUGAAAUAUAUUAAUAUAACACAAAGUGUUUAUGAUAGCAAAAUACGUUUGUUAUUAUUUUUGUAUAAAUUUAUUAUUAUAUUAAAAUAUAAAAAAUUAUUUGAAAUUGAAAAUUAUAAAAAAGAAGAAGAAUUUUAUUUAAAAAAAUCUAAUACAAAACUAAAUGUUCCUUUUGUUUUUUUUAUAUAUGAAGCUAUGUGUACAUUCUUAGUACCUUCUAUUCAGAUAAAUAAAAAUUCAUUUUAUUAUGUUUUGAUAUCAAAUAUUAUUGUGAAUUUAUUUUUUAUUAUAAAUAUGCAUUCUUAUGAACAAAAAAAAAAAAAAAAUUCUUUGGAAAAUGAAAACCAAACCAAAAUUCCAUUUAUUAUUAACACAAAUAUAGAAAAUACAAAUUAUGUUAAUAAUAAGCAAAAUGAAAUAAAUAAUAUUGAUAAUAACGAUAGCUAUUUUGAUGAUGAAUAUGAAAACAGUUAUUAUUGUGAUUUAUUUUUAUAUGAAUCAUAUUCAACAAAUAUAAAAAAUAACAAUAAUAAUAUAUUUUAUGUUUUGCAUAGAGGAUCUAGUUUUAUUUCUGAAAUAUAUAGAAAACAGAUGAAUUGGCAAUUACAAAAUGAAGGAUAUAAUGAUAUAGAUAACAAAAAUAGCAAAAUAGAAAAUAAAGAUAAAAAAAAACCUGAAAAAAACUCAAUCGAAGAUAGCAAAAUGAUAUGUAACAUGUCUGUAUUUUUUUCAUUAUUUAUAAGAUGUAUAAUUAUACAUUUACAUUAUUUUAAAUUAUAUAAUAAAAAUUAUUAUUUUUUAAAAAAUUUAAAUGCAUUAUAUGUUCCAAAUUGUAUAUUAAAGCACAUUUAUCCUGCUCAAAAUUUUAACAUAAAUUUGUUUAUAAGCUUAUUGGAAGUAUUUUAUGUUUCUAUUAGAUUAUACAAUAAUCAUUUUGUGAAAAUAAACAAAGGAAGACAAUUUGAUGAGGAUUUUAAAUUUGACGAAGUGGAUAAAAAAAAUAAAAAUAGCAAACAACAAAACAUAUUUGAUAAUGAAAAAAAUAAAGAAAUUAACAAAAAGGUGAUAAAUUAUGUAAAAAAUAAACAAUUGGAUAUAUAUAAUAGUGGUGAUAAUAUAUUUAAUUUUAAUAUAUACAUUAGAACAUUGAAGGAAAUAUUAACAGAAUGUUAUGAAUCGCAUGACAUGUACAUGCAAAAUGAAGAAAAUAAUAAAAUGUCAUAUUUUAUGGAACAUAUAUUAUUAUAUUUUUUAUAUAAUCGAAUAAAUACUAUAUAUGAAUUAUUAUAUAGUUUUUAUUUUAAAUGUAUAAAAGUAGAAAAAACGAAAAUAAUUGAUAUAGUUAAUAAACAAAUAUAUAAAAAUUUAGAAAAUAUAUUAUAUGACCAUGUUAAUAAAAUAAAUACAUUUUUAUAUAAUAAUCAAUAUUAUUAUUUUUAUAUUAACACUUUAAUUUUAUUAACAUUAAAUAGACAGAUAUGUUUACAUAUUAUUAAAACCGAUAUAUUAACAAAAUUUAUAUAUGUUCCAAUAAUAUAUCAUUCUAUGUUUGAUAAUAAUAAAAACUUUAAUUCUAUUUAUUAUAUAUCAAAUGGAGAGUAUAUAAGAAAUAAAAAUCAUAUAACAUUUUGUUCUUUGAUUGUUUUGAUAAUAAAAAUGUUAUAUAUAUAUGCAAAUGACUAUAAAAAUUUUGAAGAAAAUGCUGAGUUUUAUUUUUCUGAAAACAAAUCAUAUAAUUUUUCAAAAAAAUUAAAAAAAAUAAAUGAGUGGAAUUCAGAAGGAAUUGAAAUAGAUGAAAUGCACACAAAUAGUUUUUUUUUCGAAAAUAUUUCAUCUAUAAAUUUGCAAAUAAACCCAAAAGAAAUGAUAACAGGAAUUCAAAAUGAUGUAACAAAUCAAAGAAAUGAUUAUAUUUCAAAUAAUGAAAUUAAUAUUCAAAAUAAAAAUGCAAAACAUUUUGAAAAUGAUAAUAAAAAUGCAAAAUAUAAAGGUAAAGAAAAUUUGGAUGGAAGGUGUUAUACAAAUAAAGAAGUUGUUUUUUUUCUUAGCUCUAUAUUUAAUAUAAUUGGAAAAAUGUCGGAUCGAAUUAAUUUUAUAUUUACAAAAAUAGAAAAAAUAAAUUGUUUAGCAGCUUUAGAAGAAGCAUAUUUAUAUGUUGAAUUAUUAACAAAAAUAUCAUAUUAUUGUAGUUUGUAUAAUAUAAAUGAUUUUUUAAUAUCUAUUAUGGAUAAAGCCGUUGAUCAUCAUUUAUUUUAUAUUAAUCGAAUAUUGGAAAAAUUUAUUUUUGAAAAAGAAAUGAUAAUUGAUCCAUAUAGUCAAUAUGAAGUAUCUGCAUCAUCUAAUUCCCAAGAUUAUAUAAAUCAAAACAAAUUAAAAAAAAAUGGAUUAUCAUUAUUUACUCAAAGAAUAUUAUAUAUUUGUUACAAAUCGAUUCUUAACUAUAAUACUAUACUAUUAAAUAUAAUUAAUAAUCAGUAUUUUUAUUAUUCAUAUUUUGUUAUUCAUUUCUAUAUAUUAAUAUUAAAAUCUACAAGGUUAGUUACAACGAUUAUUGAGCAUUUUGGCCGAAGGAAUACAACUCUGAUUCGAACAGUAAAAGCAAAUAACGGAAUAUCAAACGUCCCAAUAUGUCUUGACAUAAUAAAUACGACAAAGGAAAAAAAAAAAGAAAAAAUAUAUUAUACACGAGGAGUUGGAGGGAAGUCAUCUAGUUUUUGUCAAUAUUUAAGUGAUAACAAUUCAAAAAGUGAUAUAUCAAAUAAUUCUGGAGAAAUUAUACAAUAUAAUAAAUCAAUUGAUGAAUAUACAAAUACAAAACGUAUAUAUAAAAAUGAUAACUUAUUUAAUUUUUUGCCAGAAGUAAUACAAUUAAAAAAAUACUAUAAUAUAUUAAAAGAAAUAUUAGAAAGAAGUGCAUUUCUUGGUGCUUUUCUUUUAGAAAAAUUAAAAAUUUUAUGUGAAGAUUCGUGCUUAAAACAGAUAUUAAUUAGCAACAUAUGUUCUUAUCUAAUUCACAUCAACGCAACCCUUUUACCUGCCAACAUAUGCACAAACAAUUUUAAGAAGAAGUGCACUCUUAUUUACAACUAUAUUGUCAACAUUCAUAAGAAGUAG